AUGCCAUCAAAUUCCAGUGAUGUUCCUUCAAACUUCAUCCACACUAAUCCGAUGGUGCAUUCUUUUAUGAAGAAAUGUUACCCGAUUUCUUAUUUUGGAACUCAGAAUUCUAGCAAAACCAGUGAGGGAGACAUUUGCAAAAAGGUCCAUGAAAACAAUGCUUCUGAUUCUAGUAGUAGUGAUGACACACUUUCGACACUCAAAAGGAAAAUGAAAAGAAAAAAUGAUAAUGUGGAGAGCACACAUCCAGUAGAAGAGAAGACUACAUCUGAGAAUGAAGAAAGAAAUAAACUUUUGCAGGAAUACUUAAAAAGUUUUAAUACUAACCUAAACCCAGAUCCUAUAGAACACAAGGAAGGUGUUUUUUCUUCAGUGGGGGAUGAUACUUUUUCAUACCCUGAUUUUCUUCCUCCACCAUACAAUACCUUGGAUUUACAAAAACUAUCAAAGUUGGAUAACUGGAGAACAGCUUUCAAGGAACCACUUGAUUAUUCAAUUGAUCAACUAAUAUCUCGUCUCAUCCGUAUGGAAAGGUUGCAGCAUUUGACUGUAGUAAGAGAAAAGAGAAAAGAAGCUGUUUAUCCUACUGUGGCUGUUAACAACCUUUCGAGUUCCUCAACAGAUAUACACCAACGGAAACAGCUAAGGCCAUUUGAUUUCUCAUGCUCUCAAGCAGCCUUUGAUUGUGAUCGUCACAAUUUUGACUCUUCUAUACAUGAACGGCAUAUACAAAAAUGCACAAGCCAGCACAGACCUAACAAGCAGAGUUCUGGAGGAGCAUCUCCUGUGCGUUCGUCAACAAAAUCCUCGCAAACAUCUUGCAGUACGUCGAAGUGUGUCAAAGUUCCAGUCACUGUAGACUCAAGCAAUGUCAUCAUGCGACAGUCUACAUCAUGCUCUGGAAGCUCAUCAAAAAUUCACACAGGGGUCAAAAUGACUUCUUCAAAAUUACUUUCAUCCAGCACAACUGACAAUGACAGUUCAAAAUCUAAAGAUGCAAGGUCUAAAAGAAAACCUUGCAAAAAAAAUGAGGCAGCAAUGGAUAAGCCCAUUGACUCUCAAAAAGUAAACGGAUCUCUUAUUUCAAAGCAAAAGUGUUCUAAUGUUAGCUAUCAGGGAUCUAUUAAAUUAAGUGCACAAUGAGUUAUUAUCAUUUAAGCAAACAGAUUGAGCAAUAGUAAUUUGGAAAGCUGUUUAUUAACUUGUAUUAUAAGAAAAUUUUGGAUUUGAAAAAACUUCAUGUGAGACUAUAAAAUUAGUAGUACAAAUGAUUAUUGUGUUCCUAUCCCGCUAGAGCAGGGGUGCUCAAACUUUUUCAGCUGCGGAACCCUUUUUGAAGCAAAAGUUUCUCAUGAAACUCCAAGAAAUGUUUAUAUUAUAUACAGUGUUCCCUCACUACUUUGCGGUUCACUUUUUGCGGAUUCACUGUUUUGCGGUUUUUCAAUAAACUCUAAAAGAUUAUUAUAAAUCAUAAAAAAUUACAAUUUGCAGUCUAAGUAAGGGAGGAAAUAAAAGCCGAAGGGAGAGAAAAGGAGCCCAAGCGGCAACGGGAGGAGAAGGAGGCAAUUUAACAACACAUUAUUGGUUGAUAAAGACAUAAAAUAGUGUAUAACGACUAAAAUAAUGUAUAAAUAUAGUGUCCCUACUUCUCGGAUUUUCACUUAUUGCGGGUGGUCCUGGCACCUAACCCCAGCGAUAAGUGAGGGAACACUGUAUAAUGUACCCUGUUUCCCGCAAAAUAAGACAGGGUCUUAUAUUAAUUUUUGCUCCAAAAUAUGCAUUAGGGUUUGUUUUCAGGGGCAGUCUUAUUUUUCCAAAUUUACUUUUUAAAUAAACAAUAUCUAGGGCGUAUUUUUGAAAUAUGGCUUAUGUUUCGAGCAUCCUCAAAAAUGUUUAAAAAUCAUGAUAGGUCUUAUUUUCAAGGUAGGUCUUAUUUUUGGGGAAACGGUAUCUACACUUGGCAUGGGAUGGGGCAGCGGCAGAUGGAUGUAGAAUGUUUAUGUGAACUAAUUCACACAGUGGAAAAGAAAUUGAGUAGAGAGAAACAAAGAAGGCAGUGCUAGACCCGAAUGGUGGCUGCAGAGGGACAAUCUUUUAUGCAAAGGUAAGCAGGCAGGCAGACAGAUUUGGAGCUCAUGUAGACAACAGUCAGGCAGGAUUAGAGAAGUGGGGGGAGGUGAGCACAGAGCACACAUUGAGAAUCGCUGUGCUAGAGUAAUCAGAACUGAUGUGUUUUUCAUUGUUUUAGUGUAGUGUAUUUAAAUAAAUAAAAUAUAGUCUAUGGACUCUUUGAUUUGGGCUAUUCUAAAUUGAAGAUAGCUUGAGGAAUCAAAGUCACUUUGAUUUUAAUUUCUUAGAAUUGGUUUCAGGGAAUCUAAUUUUUCUUUGUGGCUAAGCAAAUGGAAAAGAAUCUCUGAAAUACUAAGAUUAUUAUAUCCAUGUUUUCAAGAAAUGUGCUUUGGAUGAGAUGCUUGAAGAAAUCAACAUAAGAUGGCUAUUGUUUCCAUACCUCACAGGAAAUCAUUCUGUGGAAAUUUGUCUCAGUAGUUGGAGACAAUGUCUUACCAAAAACUAAGUGAAAUAAAUCUCUUACCCACUUUUUGGAAAAAAAUCCAUAGUGCAAAGAAAUAAAAAUCUUAAAAUAUGUGGAAAAUGUGUGGGGAAAAUCAGCUUAUAAAUUGCUUUCAAAAUUUCUGAUAGCAUAUCUAUCUGUAAUAAUAAAUGUAGUCCAGUGUUUCUUCUAUAGCUCCAAGACAGGGAAAUGUAGACAACAGUCUGGAUAAUUAAGAGAACCUUGAGAGUGAUUUAUUUUAAUUAAAAUUUGUCUAUAGUUCACCGAGUCAGUAGAUGACAUGGAGUUAUAGAGCACUAGGUGCUUUAGAAAAAAAAAGUUCCUUGGUGCAUAAGGGAUUCCCAAAGCAUAGGAACUUUUGAAAUUUGGUGCAAAUGCUUACAACUGGUUCAGGCUGGGCCUAUGGGGAGGCAAAUUGUAAAAGUCCAUUUCUGAUUUUCUUUCCUAAUUCUGCAGCAGCAUAAAUUUUACUGUUGUGAAACUGUUUGGUGAACUUUGCCAAUACCUGAUCUCUUUAAAUAUACAUACAUGUCCAUAGGUACAAGAUGAAGAGAAUUCUUGCUACCUGGUAGAGGCUUCCUGCCUCCUCUUCCUUAGUUAUAUGGCAUUUUGCCUUUGUUGUGAAGAAGAGUGUAUAUGUGACUCAGGGUAAGGGAAAAUUGCUGUCAUGGGGUGGGUGAUGAGGGUUUCCUUCCCUAUUCAAAUUCACUUUUGUAUCUGGGGUGGCAGUCUAUCUUAUAUCCACUUACCCAGGAGUUGGCCUUAUUGAAUGUAGUGAUAUUUGCUCUGAUUAUGCAUGUAAUGUAUAGGAUCCAUGCAGUGGAUAUGUUCCUGAGCAUUACUUCUUUCAUGGGGACUUUGAUACCAAAAGAAAACAUGGAAAGAAGAGGAAUAGGAUCCUGUGCCACUGAAAAAAGAGCAGUUCAUCAUGUUUCAGGAAACUAUUUUUGAAAAACUAAAAAUAUGCAAAUGUGAAAGGAAAUGAACAGGUCUGGUGAGCCCUUUAAAAACUACAUUCAUUUAACCUUUUGAUGGUUAUAAAAAUUAAUGUGGGGACUUUUCUCUGUUUCACAAACUUGUACUUUUUAUGCUUUCCAUUUUGGUGGCCAGAUGUUUUUUUCUUAAAUGCUGUGGGAGCUGAUGAGGCAGGCUUAUCUAAUUUCCCAAUUUGUCUCCAGUUUGCUCUCAAAGCAUGCUCAGUUUAGGAACCUUGGGGCAAGGACCAACUUUAUUGCCUGUUCUUGGCAUGUAGGUACAACUACACUAGGAUGGACUGCAGUAGAAUCCCAUUCUUUCUCAGCUUAAAUUUGAUUGCAUCGUUUGUUGCAGGCACAGCACUACAGCCUGCUGAUGAAAGUGUGUUUCUCCACUCUUGCUUUACCAGCCUCCUGAUACCGGUGCUGCUGAAAAAUCCUCCUGAUAGACAAGGAUGAAAGUUGGGACUGUGCUGAUGUAAAGAGUUUGUCAAUAGAA